UUUGUCUUAUGGUUUAUGAAUUAAGAAAAACUAUCUAAUUUUUUUGGCUUCUUCAUAUUUGGGAUUAAAAAGGGGGGUGGGGAGGGGCAUUUCAAUUGAUAGCUUUGUACAAAUCUUAUCUCUUGGACUUCAAAUGCAAUUUAUCAUUUUCUUCUUUAAUCCAGAUAAAAAUCUAGUCUUUGAAAGUUUCCUUGGAAUUUUGGCUGGUAAUUCCUGCAAAAAUUCCCCUGUUCAAAUAACCAACCAAAACCCAGAACUGAUAUUGUAAUCAUAAAUUGAAUCAAUGCCUUCUCUAUCCCUUCACUCUCUCCAGCCAUUUUUACCAACUCCAAGAGCUAAAUUGGCAAUCCCAUUACGAAAUGCAGUAGCUUCAGCAUCACCUACUAACCCAACAAUCAAAACCCAGAAGAAGAAGAAGAAGCAAGAUGAUGAUUACCAUGCGACCCUUAAAGCCCUCAACUCCAAAGGCCGAUUCCCCCGCAAAUCCCUUGGUCAACACUAUAUGUUGAAUGAGACUAUAAAUGAGGAAUUAGUGGCUGCGGCUGGCGUGGAAGAGGGAGAUGUGGUGCUUGAAAUCGGUCCUGGGACCGGUUCUCUUACCAAUGUUCUUGUCAAUGCUGGAGCAACUGUUCUUGCCAUUGAGAAGGACCCUUAUAUGGCAGCCAUUGUUGAGGAGCGCUUUGCUGGGACCAAUCUGGUGAAGGUUCUGCAGGAAGAUUUCACGAGAUGUCAUAUACAUGCCCACAUGUCAUCAAUUUUGCAAGAUAGAAGUAAUGAGGAGACAAAAUUUCGACAUGCAAAGGUAGUUGCCAACAUACCCUUCAAUAUAAGUACAGAUGUGGUAAAACAACUCCUUCCAAUGGGUGACAUUUUCUCGGAAGUUGUUCUCCUACUCCAGGAUGAAACAGCACAGCGCUUGGCGGAUCCUGCGUUGAGGUCAUCAGAAUAUCGGCCUAUAAAUAUUUUUGUCAGAUUUUAUUCAGAUCCCAUGUAUAAAUUGAAGGUUCCAAGGGAAAAUUUCUUUCCACAACCAAAGGUGGAUGCAGCAGUUGUUGCCUUUCGGCUGAAGCAAGCUGUAGACUACCCACAAGUUUCAUCCACAAAAAGCUUCUUUUCCAUGGUAAAUUGCGCAUUCAAUGAAAAGCGGAAAAUGCUACGGAAAUCACUGCAGCAUUUUUGUCCCUCCACUGAGAUAGAAGCAGCUCUCAGCGAAGUUGGUUUUCCUGCUACUUCGAGACCAGAAGAGCUUGCUUUGGAAGAUUUUGUAAGGUUGCACAACCUGAUAUUCGAAGUUUAGCUUGUCAGAGCUACUCCCAACAGAAAAAAUCUUCCCUGAUGUUCCAACAUGCUCGUACAUGGCAUAUUACGAGUUCUAAAUAGGAAAAGUUGGGACAAACUUCAGCGUGGCCAAAAUGGUGGUAUCGAGAACAGCCUGCUGGUGUAUACAUCUGCAAAUAACCAUUGACUUGAGUUGAUUUUGACAUCAUUUUCUAAGGUCGAACAAGAAAAUCAGCCCCGAAGUUAACCUUCCUGAGGAGCCAAGACUAAUGAAGGAAGAAAUCCACUUUGAUAAAUCAUGCUUGGUGGUCAGCAACCAUUUUUUAUGCAUAGUUGUUGUACAUAAUGCAAUCUAGUAUACAGUCAAUUGUAAUACAUUUUCUUCCAGCACCAAAUUGAUAUUGAUAUAUGUUAGCUUGGAUGCUGAUUGUCCAGAGUAAAUUUGCAAUGUGAAUUUCUCAUCUUUCAGUCCAAAAUUGUGACUUUUACAACUCCCCUGGGUUCAAAUAGGUAAAGGGGGAAGAACAAUGAGAAACUACUACAACAAACUGAUAAAAAAUCAGUUAAUUUGGAAGCCAAUUUACAGAGAUACAUUUGCAAAGGAAUCUGUUAUUCAUUGCAAAAUUUCUUCAGCCAUGAAACUGAUAGAUUAGAUCCAGGGACCUUAAUUUAUUCCCUUCAGGAUCAAACUCUUCCGUCGAAUAACCGCCGACUCUAGCAGCCACCUCAUUGGCGUAGCUCCGCCGCUGCUCCGCCACCACAGACGGAGACAAUGACCUUUUGGGUCUCUUAUUCUGGAUAUAGCAAUCCCUCAUCCUCUCCUCAACUCCAUCAAUUCCGGCCGCCGCCGCAACAGCCGAACUAGCGUCCUUUGAGUUAUACUCAACAUCAUCAUCAUCGUCUUCAUCACCCAUCUGCAUUGGUUCCGCGUAAUUCCCAUCUCCACCGCCACCCACGGCGGAGGAAACGGAGUUCUCCCGCGCCAGCGGAGCUAUUAGCGGGGUGUGCAGAAAAGAGGGUUGCAGCUGGAGAGGCAGAGGUGACGGAUGAUUGGUUAGGAACUGAGAUAGGUGGUGAUGGGCGGCGUGAAGAGAAGAAUAAAUUUGAAGGAUUUGGGAUUGUUCUAAAUUGGUGUUGAUUGAUGCUGGUGGAUUGGAGAGCUGUUUAGCCAUUAGGGUUGCUUGCUCAAGUGUUGCCAUUAGAGCUGCAGCUUCUGCUCCGGCCAUUCCUAAUUCCCUUCCUCUCUUCACCGGCGCCGGAAAUACAAUUUUCAGAUUCCUCAGAGAAACAGUUACAGAGUGGUUCAGAACGGAAAUUCGGAUUCUUCUUCUCUACAUUAGUACUACUACUUUUACUUUGGCUUUAUACUCUGUUUGUCACUCACUUCCCUAAUUAUGGAUUUGGUUAACAUAAAACCAAAUUUUCAUAUAUAUGAGGUUGAAAAGCAAUUAAUAUUUUAUAAAAGUAUAUUUGGAGAAUCUGAUUUCAC